AUGGGUUACCCGGGCCCCUCGAACGCCCCGAAGGGCCGGGGCCUUGGCGCCCGAGCCCCGACUCUUCGGUCGCCGCCGCUACUGCGCUGGCCGCGCUGGCGGCCGCUCCUGCCGCCGCCGCCGCCGCCGCCGCUGCUGCUUCUGCUGCUUCUGCUGCUGGCCGCCUGCGGGGUGGCGGGACGCUCCCCGCAACCCGAGCGCUCAGGUCCCCGCGCGAGGCUCACCCGGGUGCCGCGGAGCCCGCCCGCGGGGUGCGCGCAGUCGGGACACGGCGAGGACCGCCGCGCGCACGGUGGGGAGCCCGACGCCCCGGGUUGCGGUCUGGAUCCUGUUCUGGGUUCUGCGGAAGACAGCCCCCGAGCUCCCGGCCAGGGACGCAAGGCGCGGGCGGCGCCCGUGGCCGGAGCGGCUUCGCGGGCGCAGGUCUCGCUCAUCAGCACGUCGUUCGUGCUCAAGGGGGACGCGACGCACAACCAGGCGAUGGUGCACUGGACGGGCGAGAACAGCAGCGUCAUCUUGAUCCUGACGAAAUACUAUCAUGCAGACAUGGGAAAGGUUCUAGAAAGUUCUCUAUGGCGGUCUUCGGAUUUCGGAACAUCCUACACCAAACUCACCCUCCAGCCUGGCGUCACUACUGUCAUCGACAAUUUCUACAUCUGCCCAACGAAUAAGAGAAAGAUCAUCCUAGUGAGUUCUUCGCUUGGUGACCGAGAGCAGAGCCUCUUCCUGAGCACGGAUGAGGGUGCCACAUUCCAGAAGCAUCCUGUCCCCUUCCUCGUGGAGACCCUCCUCUUCCACCCCAAGGAGGCGGACAAGGUCCUCGCCUAUACCAAGGAUAGCAAGCUCUACGUGUCGACUGACCUGGGGAAGAAGUGGGCCCUGCUGCACGAGCGAGUGACCAAGGACCACGUGUUUUGGGCUGUGUCUGGGGUGGACACUGACCCCAGCGUGGUCCACAUGGAGUCCCAGGACCUCAAUGGAGGUUUUGGGUACGUCACCUGCAAGAUCCAGGACUGCUCUGCCCAGUCACGCAAGUCCCCGUUUGCCCGCCCCAUUGACCAGGGGUCUCUCACCGUGCAGGAUGAUUACGUGUUCCUGAAGGCAACAUCAGCAAACCGAACCAAAUACUAUGUCUCAUAUCGCCGAGGUGACUUUGUCCUGGUGAAGCUGCCCAAGUAUGCCUUGCCAAAGGACCUGCAGAUUAUCAGCACGGAUGAGCAGCAGGUGUUCGUGGCCGUUCAGGAGUGGAACCAAGUGGAUACCUACAACCUGUACCAGUCGGACCCACGUGGGGUGCACUACUCGCUGGUGCUAGAGAAUGUGCGCAGCUCACGGCAGGCUGAAGAGAGUGUGGUCAUUGACAUUCUCGAGGUCAGAGGGGUGAAGGGCGUCUUCUUGGCAAACCAGAAAGUGGAUGGCAAGGUGACAACACUCAUAACAUACAACAAAGGCCGUGACUGGGAUUUCCUGAGGCCGCCCAACACUGACAUGAAUGGGAAGCCCACCAACUGCCAGCCGCCGGACUGCCACCUGCACCUGCACCUGCGCUGGGCAGACAACCCCUACGUGUCGGGCACCGUGCAUACCAAGGACACCGCCCCUGGUCUCAUCAUGGGUGCAGGUAACCUGGGCUCACAACUGAUAGAAUAUAAAGAGGAAAUGUAUAUCACAUCAGACUGUGGGCACACCUGGAGGCAGGUGUUUGAGGAGGAGCACCAUGUCCUCUACCUGGACCACGGUGGCGUCAUUGCAGCUAUCAAGGACACCUCCAUCCCCCUGAAGGUCCUCCGGUUCAGCGUGGAUGAAGGCCACACCUGGAGCACACACAACUUCACCAGCACCUCAGUGUUUGUGGAUGGGCUGCUGAGUGAGCCAGGGGAUGAGACACUGGUCAUGACGGUCUUUGGCCACAUUAGCUUCCGUUCUGACUGGGAGCUGGUCAAGGUGGACUUCCGGCCCUCCUUUCCCAAGCAGUGUGGCGAGGAUGACUACAGCUCCUGGGACCUCACUGACCUCCAGGGUGACCACUGCAUCAUGGGUCAGCAGAGAAGCUUCCGGAAGAGAAAGUCCACAUCCUGGUGUGUCAAGGGGAAGAGCUUCACGUCUGCACUCACAUCACGUGUGUGCAAAUGCCGGGACUCUGACUUCCUCUGUGACUACGGGUUUGAACGCUUGCCAUCCUCAGAGUCUGCUGCCAACAAGUGCUCAGCCAACUUCUGGUUUAACCCCUUGUCUCCUCCGGAUGACUGUGCCCUGGGCCAGACCUAUACCAGCAGCUUUGGGUACCGGAAGGUGGUGUCCAACAUGUGCGAGGGUGGCGUGGACCUUCAACAGAGCCCAGUGCAGCUGCAGUGCCCCCUCACGCCGCCCCGGGGCCUGCAGGUGAGCAUCCGAGGUGAGGCGGUGGCUGUGCAACCUGGAGACGACGUGUUGUUUGUCGUGCGGCAGGAGCAGGGUGACAUCCUGACCACCAAGUACCAGGUGGACCUUGGGGAUGGCUUCAAGGCCAUGUACGUGAAUCUCACACUGACAGAGGAGCCCAUUCGGCACCGCUAUGAAAGCCCUGGUGUCUACCGAGUUUCCGUGAGGGCGGAGAACAUGGCGGGCCACGAUGAGGCUGUGCUCUUUGUCCAGGUCAAUUCUCCUCUGCAGGCCCUUUACUUGGAGGUGGUCCCUGUCAUUGGAAUCAACCAGGAGGUGAACCUCACUGCUGUGCUGCUGCCUCUGAACCCUAACCUCACCAUCUUCUACUGGUGGAUUGGCCACAGCCUGCAGCCCCUGCUCUCUCUGGACAACUCGGUGACAACACGUUUCUCUGACACGGGAGAGGUGCGUGUGACGGUGCAGGCGGCCUGUGGGAACUCGGUGCUGCAGGACUCCAGGGUCGUCCGUGUGCUGGAUCAAUUCCAGGUGGUGCCUCUACAGUUCUCCAGUGACCUAGACACUUACAACCCCAACACCCCUGAAUGGAGGGAUGAUGUGGGCCUGGUGGUCACACGGCUGCUCGCCAAGGAGACCAGCAUCCCCGAGGAGCUGCUAGUGACUGUGGUGAAGCCAGGGCUGCCCACCUUGGCUGACCUAUAUGUGCUCCUGCCCCCUCCCAGGCCCACAAGGAAGAGGAGCCUCACAGGCGACAAGAGACUGACGGCCAUCCAGCAGGUGCUGAGUGACCACAAGAUCAGCUUCCUCCUUCGAGGCGGGCUUCGCAUCCUGGUGGCCCUGAGGGACAUGGAUGCAGGUUCUCAAAGGCCAAGUGGCAGCAGCGGGCACUGGGCAGUGGUGGUUCUCUUCGUUAUCGGACUCUUUGCCAUGGGAGCGCUCAUCCUCUACAAGUUCAAAAGGAAGCGCCCGGGCAGGACAGUGUACGCCCAGAUGCACAAUGAAAAGGAGCAGGAAAUGACGAGCCCCGUGAGCCACAGCGAGGAUGCACAGAGCACCAUACAGGGCAACCACUCAGGCGUGGUCCUGAGUAUCAACUCUCGGGAGAUGCAUAGCUACCUGGUGAGUUGAUGGCACCUGGCCAGGACAUGCUCCUCCUGUUUCACCCGUGGAGGGCACAGGACUACAAACGUGGCUGGAACAACAUCCCUUUUGAGACCUCUGGAAAGGCCACUUCCUCUACCUGUCUCCACCUGUGGGACAGGCACGCCUCCCUCUGUCAGCCCCAACCAGCCUAUGGGACACUCCUGACCCGUCUGGACACAGGCCUGCAGUGCCGCCCAAAGUCCCCAUCCCUGACUCUGGGGCAUCAUUGCCCCUGGACCUGUACAUGCUGCCUUGGCUGCUCCAACGUGCCACUGCAGCCCAAGCCUGGCUUUUCCUGGCUGAGGCUGGCCAGUGGAAGCUUAGGGUGGGCUUGCCUGGGGAAGAGGAGGGCUGCUCCAGACCUGCUCAGCCCUGGCGCACAGCUCCAGUCCAUGCACAGCCCUCUGCCCAUAAGGUCUUGGGAAAUCUGUAGGUCAAGCCUACCCUGUGCCACCUUUCAGGAAGCCUGCCCUUCUCUUCACAUUGCAAACAAUGUAAAUACCUGUCCAGGUAGCUGAGUUUCGGGCACUUUCCUUUAACUAUUUCCUAGGCCAGGUGGUAGACAUGUACAUUUUCUCAGAGCCUCACUCUGAGAGCUUUUUCAGGAUGCCCAGGGAUCCUCACAUGGGCCCAAAGGGGCAAAGUCCUUCCUAGUUUUCCCUAGGGCGUAUGGGGAGCGUGGCCAGAAGGGAGGGAUCUCUGCCUACAGUUCCUGUUCCCACCAGCAGGAAGCACCCUUCCAGUGUCUCUUGGCUAAUGGCUCUGGCCUUCAACAAGGCCUGAGCUCUGGAAGAGGCUUGAGGCCCCAAAAGGCACAACAGCCUCCCCCAAGCAGGUUCUCUGUGUUUCCUUAGGACUUGAGAGACCCACAUAGAGCCAACCUGGAGAGGUGUGGGAAGGCAGAGCAAUAGGACUAUUGAGAAGUAUGUUCCCUCCUGGUGAAUUGAAGCAGAUGGGUGGCCUCUUCAAGGUCAUGGCAAGACAGCAGCAGGGGUAGCCCUCUGCUGUCCCCAUGCAGAGCAGCUUCUGCCCACUCCUAGCUACCCAGAGUCAGGGACCUAGCGCAGGUUGGUGCUGUAAGCAGACAGCUGCACGGCACAGUUCACCUUUUGCCUUCAAACUGAAGUCAGUCCCCUCCCCUCCAUCACCACUCCCUUUCUUCUGUACCCCUCCCUGAACCCCAUCUCAUCUCCUCCUCCAUGCCCAGCUCUCUGGUGGCUUUCCAGAGCUCAGGAUGGCAGUCACUGGCCUAGAAUGAGACUGGGGUGUCUGCACAUCACAGGGGCACCCACCAGUUCUUUCUGAGGAAGAAACAUCUCCUCACCAGGGGAAGGGAAAGGGCCAGGGAGGAAGCCUCAUACCAGGACGGUGGAUGCUCAGGCUUUGUCAGUGGAUGGCCCUGGCACCAGGCACUCAGGGCACAGAUGGGACAACAGGCACAAGAGCAGUCACUGCAAGGGCACAGAGCUGGUGGGGGUGGGGGUGGGCAUCCCAGGUAUGCCCAAACUAGCUCCCUUUCUGAUCCCUCCAGAGGUGGCCCUGAAAGCUGUCCUUCUUGUGAGAGGCUAGGGACAUGAACUCAGUGCCACUGAAGACUGUGACUGCCCAACUUUUGUCCUGUCCCAUCUGCCUGCUUACAGGCUUGAAAAGACAGCUAUGUGGGGACUCAUCCCCUCACCCGUCCCCAUUCCCACCAGUGUUACACACAUGUGGGAUGAUUCUCACACAUUGCACAGUCCCCAAAAGGCCCAAAGUCAGCACAGAACCCCUGGACACAGCCCCCAACUUAAGCUCACUAGUGCCUGGGGACAGCCAACUACAGGUCUCGGACCUUCUGUGACCACUAGUUUUAAUUCUUGCAGCUGUUUGGUUAGAUUUUUCUUAGCUAUUUGUCUUUCCUUGUGUUUUAUGUUAUUAUUUCUAUUAAGGACAUUUUGGGUGUGUAGACCCAGCAGCCUGGAAAUAAGGCAGCACCUGAUGUACCUCCCAUGUGCCCAUCUCCAUAACUGCAGAUAUCACACAGGUGCAAAGGUUCCCUGGUUGUCAGCUGAGGUGCCAUAUAUGUCAAGGUGCAAUGCUGGCAUAGGGACCAGGUGCCACCAGCUGGGGGUCUCAUCACUCCACUGAAUCACAUACAUACCCAGCAUACACACCUAACAGGCAAUGCAUUCUUUGUUAUUUUUUCCUUUUUAAAAACCAAUAAAUCAUUGGUGAUGCUUUUAACUGAGAUAAAAUGAACAUAGUCA